AUGGCUGUGCCUGAAGCUGUCCAGAAGGAAAUCAAGGAUUUGCUGGACCCUGCGAACACUUGUGGGGCGCAUGUGAAACUGGAGAAGAUCCUGCAGUCCUUGGAGAAAUUUGGCUUAGUAUACAAGGCAGUAGCAGAUGGAACAGAGCUGCACAUGACACCAGACAUGAAGAAUCUGGUGGAGUCUGGCUGGCAGUGGACAAUCUUGAAGGCAGAGGCAGCUGAUAUGUUUCCUGAUUUGCCAGCCUUUUGCUCCAUGGGCAUGAAUGCUCACAACAGCAACACAGUCCUCAGCAAUGAGUUGGAAGUGAUGAUGGAGUUGGCUGCUUUGCACAGAAGUGGGAUGAACAUGGCAGAUGCAGUUCAAGCUGUUUGCCAGAGCAGCCCUUCAUGCAAAGCAUACAUACAGGAUUGCGCCUACUUCAUGAGACUCUACUCUGGAGGGGAAACCUUCCCCAUGGAAGAGAACAUGAACUUGCUUGCAUACUACAACUUCAAGUUGCCUGGGCGCCAGCUGAACUUUCUUCGCGUUGCACUCCUAGCAACAAUUUUGAGUUCAAAGAGACACCAGGAUGGGAUCUCUAAGUUGGUGUUCAAGUCUGACUUCGACAAGCUGAAGGGCAAGAGCUCCACCAAGACCAUGGAGGACUUGCUGGCCGAGGGCUGGCAAUCAUGCCAGAAGGCAGCAGACCUGGUGCUUGGUGAAAUGUGUUUUGGCAGGUUCUGUGUGCGUGUUGUGCUGUAUGCCCUGCAGAAAGAGGAGCAUGCAAGAGAUGGAUUUUGCGUUGAAUCCUUCCAAGAAAUAGUGGAGGAGCUUUCCAUGGAACUUGAAAACAGUGCAGGUGCUCCAACCUCAAGUGCUGUAGAUGCCAAAGAUGGUGAAGCUCUCAAAGUGAAGGACUUGGUGCAAGCAGACCCAAAUGAAGUAGCCAUGUUGCAGAAUGACCACAUCAUUGUGGGCAAGAAUUACUUGCACAAGGAUUACAAGGACCAGGUUUUCACCUUGGAGAGCAUAAAGGAUGGCUCUGGUGUCUUCAAGCGUGUUCCUUUGUUUUGUGGUGAAAUCAAGGUUGUUGCCAGCAUUGAAGAGCUGAAGGGUUGGAAAAGAAAAAGAGAAUGUUGCCAGCUAUGCCCCACUGAGAGUGCAAAAGCACGACUUCCUGAAGCUUCACCACUAUUAUUGGAUGAGUGGGCCAAGCAGUGCGCAAGCCAUUUGUUGGCAGAGGCUUACAAACAGAACAACAAGGCAAGUCUGGAUAUGGUGGCCUUCACAAGUUUUCCCAAUGGCUUGGUAGAUGAGCUUUUGUCCAAGGGUGCAGUGGUUGUCAAGUUCAAAGAAGUAGCCUACCAAGUGCAAGGCUUCAAGGCUUUCAACCCCACCAAGAAGGAAGAGUCAGGGGUAAUGUGUGCAUACUUCUAUAUCAAGGCCAGUGAAGAGAAUGAAGAAGCAAAUCUCAAUGUCAGCUGGAAGACCUACCAGGAUCUACAUAUACCAGUCUUGGAGAACUCCAAGCAGAUCGAGAAGCAGGCUGCCCUCUUGAAAGGGAAAGAGGCUUGCGCAGCACCUCCUGCCAAAAAGGCAAGGAAGACCACUUGA